AUGUCGGCCUUUCAGCGGCGGACGCCGGGGGGUGGGGCGGCGCCGGCGCACGGCGUGCGCGCGGCGUCGUACAGCGCGCCGGUGCCGCUGAUGUCGACAGGCAUUGCGGCACUGGACGAUAUUCUGUGCGGCGGCGGAAUCCUCGCGGGUUCGGUGCUGCUGCUCGUGCCGUGCGCCGAGACUGGGACGGGCGCCGCGCCGAUGCUCGGCGCGCCGGCCGUGCGCGACACGGCGCAGGCUGCGUUUGACGCAAUGGGCGUCGCGGCCGCAGAGCCGUAUACAGACCUAUUCCUGGCCUACUCCGCGGCGCAGGGCAUUGCGUCGCAGCAUGUGACGGUCGUCAUAGGGCCGAGCUCGGACCACUUUCUCAAGCACCUCAUGGGCCGCGCGACCGAGGCGGACGACGAGAAAGAGGUCGAUACGGAAGCGAUGCAGCGCAUGAAGAUUGCAUGGCGCUACGACCAGCUGCAGCGCGUCGACGCACCGCUCCAGGAGCGGAAAGAGGCUUUUUGCACCGUAUUUGACCUGACGAAGCGGAUACCCAGGGAGGAGCUCGAAAAGGCACAGCACGCAGGGCUCCUCCAUACUUCGUCGCUCGACACGGGCACGCUGGACGCUGCAUGGCCGGCGGUCGAGCGCGGCGUCGCCAAGUGCAAGGAAAUUGCGUCCGAAGGAAAGCGUGCACCGGCGCUGCGCAUCCUCCUGCGCGACUUUGGGUCGCCCGACUGGGGAAGUGGCGCGCUUGUGCCGUUCUUGCUGCGCCUGCGCACACUCGCACGGACGCUGUCGAUGCCGACGACCGGCACGCCGAUUCCGUGCAUCGUCAACGCGGCGCUCUCGUCGCACCUCGCAUGCGCACAGAGCGGUGCAAAUCUCUUGCACCGGCUCAUGCACCUCGGCGACGGGUGCAUUGGCCUCACGUCGUUUGCGGCCUCGGCCGGCCUCCGCGACGUAUUUCCCGAUAGCACGGGCGCCCUGCGUGUAUUCAAGACGCCGGCUAUCGGGACACUGACGAAUCCGUCGUUGCGCGCAUCGGUGCUGCGCGGCAUGGGCGCAGGCACCGCACAGAGCGCGGCGCGGAGCGAAGGCGGCGCAGGCGGUGGCGAAAACAACCUCGCGUUCAAGGUGCGCCGCAAGCGCCUCGUGAUUGAUACGCUCCAUCUAGACAUUGAAGGCGGCGUGAGCGAGCGGCGGACCAAGCCAAAGGAAGGCGUGGGCCUGACCCAAAAAGGCGCGCGGCCCGCCGAGACCACGGCGCCGCCGGCGCCGGUCGUCGAAGUGACGACCGAGCCUAGCACAGCGCCUGCCGCAGCGCCCCCUGCGGCGCCUGCCGCGGCGCCCGCCGCGGCGCCGGCGCCCCGCCUUCCCCACUUUGGCGGCCUCGCGAGCCUGCGUGAGCGCGGCCUGCAAGCACGCGCGGAUGCGCGCCCGAGUAAACAGGACUAUGAGUUUUAA